AUGGAGUCUGGGUUUGCGGAUGAGGAUGCGCGCGCGCCUGGCGAGGCUUCGGACGAGCUCAUUCAGGCGGAAAACGAGGCAGUCGAGGCGAAGCAGGAGCAGGAGCAAGACCCCGACCAAGACACAUCGAUGAUUGAGGAUACCGAAGACCCUGUCAAGCAGUCCGCUGCCGAUGCGGAAUCCGCGCCAGUAUCAGACAACCCGCUGGACGCGCCGGACGCACCUGCUGCGGAGAACGCAGAGGAUGGCGGCGAGGACGAGGAGAUGGCCGAAGCGAAAGACGGUACGCCUGCUGUCGAGGCAGCUCCCAUCGUCACCAAGACGGCCGCCGAGCAGUCAGCGCGUGCGCAUUUGAUUGACCAGAACCACGCCAUUAUCCUCCCAUCAUAUAGUGCAUGGUUCGACAUGCAUGAGAUCCAUAACCUCGAGCGCAAGGCCCUUCCAGAGUUCUUUAACAACCGCAACCGCAGCAAAACGCCCGCGGUGUACAAGGAUUAUCGCGAUUUCAUGGUCAACACCUACCGGCUUAAUCCUGCGGAGUACCUUACCGUGACUGCAUGUCGAAGAAACUUGGCAGGCGACGUGUGUGCCAUUAUGCGCGUUCACGCGUUUCUCGAGCAGUGGGGUCUGAUCAACUAUCAGAUUGAUCCAGAUACACGACCGUCGAACAUUGGGCCGCCAUUCACAGGCCACUUCCGCAUCACAGCCGACACGCCUCGCGGACUGCAGCCCCAUCAGCCUGCGCCUGGAAGCAGUGUGACCGUGGGCAAGCCCCACGCUGGUACAGAUCGCCUGGCAUCGGCUGCUAAAGCUGACUUGAACAUGGAGGUGCGGAGGAACAUCUACGACGACAAAGGCAAAGACGUCACACCCGCGAAACUGGAGGGAGCAGAUGCGAAUGGAGCGGCCUCCAAGGGCCUCGAGGACAGUCUCAAGCAGGACGGCAAACAAUACUACUGUUACUCGUGUGGCAAAGACUGCACGCGCGUGCGAUACCACAACUCAAAGAACCCCCCUGCAGCAGCAGCUACACCGAAGCCGGUCAAGGAACAGCGUUACGACCUUUGCAGCCUCUGCUACCAAGAAGGCCGGUUUCCAAGCUCUACCACAGCCGCAGACUACACGAAACUGGAAAAUGAGCGUUACAAGAGCGUCGGUGACAAGGAGUCUCCAUGGUCGGACGCCGAGCUGCUGCUUCUGUUGGAAGGUCUAGAGAUGUUUGAUGACAAUUGGGAGUCAGUUGCGGACCAUGUUGGAUCGAGAACGCKGGAGCAAUGCGUGCUCAAAUUCCUGCAGUUAGAGAUUGAGGACAAGUACCUCGAGGACGCCCCCUCGAACGGUACCGCUGGAGGCGUGGGAGCACAGGAUCUGGCAUACCUCUCAGGAGGUCGCCUCCCCUUCAGCCAAUUUGACAACCCGGUCAUGUCGGUAAUGGGUUUCCUGGCUGGUCUAGCGGACCCAGCGACGACCGCCAAGGCCGCUGGCAAGAGUGUCGAGGAGAUGCGAAGAACUCUCAAGCAACGUAUGGAGCAUGAAGCAGCACCGGGCGCGUCCCAAGAAGAAUCCACCGCUCAGUCCGAUGUUGUUAAGGGCGAGGAUCGAGGUGAGAGCAUGGAUGUUGAUGACACGACAUCACUCGCGACAAGGGAACCGCCAACGUCUCACGACCUGCCAACCACCGCACUCUCACUCACUGCGGCUCGCGCGGCGGCUUUGGCUUCACAAACAGAGCGCCAGCUCACCAACCAGGUCUCUGCCGCUGUUAACCUCCAACUUCAAAAACUUGAGCUCAAGCUCCAGCAGUUCAGCGAGAUGGAAGCCCUUCUCCAAGCUGAGCGCCGAGAAGUCGAGCGUAUGCGUCAACGACUCUUUCUCGAUCGAUUGCAGUUCCGAAAACGCGUUCGCGACACUGAAGCUCAACUAGCUGGCAUGAAGAUACAGCCUCCGGCUGGCGAUAAGCUCUCCUUGGAAGGAGGCGAGGGCGGUGCGAGUGCGAGUGCGGAAGCUGGACCAUACCAGGAAAACGCACAAGGAUUCAUGAGACACGAAAUGUAG